AUGAAAAAAUUAAAAAUCCAUAGUCAAAUAAGAGUUGAACAUAUCAUACGCGAAGAUUACUUUGUUGAAGCACUAGAAAUUGUCGAGAUGUUUUGCGACGCUUUGUUAUCCAGAUUUGGUCUCUUACAACAAUCAAAAAUUUUGGAUUCUUCCCUUCAAGAAUCAGUUUCCAGUUUAUUAUGGGUAGCUCCUCAUAUUCAAGCUGAUAUUAGUGAAAUGAAAGUGAUAUCUGAUCAAUUAACACAAAAAUUUGGUAAAAAGUAUACUGAGGCAUGCAGAGCAGAAAACAUGGAUACUGUAUCUGAAAAACUCAAGCAUAAGUUGAGUUUAAGGCCACCGCCAAAGAUAUUAGUGGAGAAAUAUUUAAUUGAAAUUUCUAAAAAUUACAAUGUGCCCUAUGAACCUGACUUACAAAAAAAUCGGUUCCAGGAGUGUGAAGGGAGUUCAAGCGACAAAUUAUGA